UAACACUUCUACUGUGCUUAUCAUGGCACGGGAAUGUUGAAUCAGCUGUUAACUGGGAAGAGGCGAAUGAUGUGACGUAUUGCACGUUGCCUCGUGAUAAAGCAUUACCCGACCCUGACUGGGGAAAUUGCACCCCCAAACCCGAGGACUAUCUUAAUUGUGUAUAUUAUUGGACAAAUGCAUCGGUGACAAGUGCUAGGAUUCGUACACACUACUUAAAUAGAACCGAUGCCGCUUUCUCGGACUUUGCGAUUUACGUCGGUCGGCCGCUCAUUUAUUGUAUUGGACUGAUUUGUAAUAUCUUGUCUAUUUGUGUUUUCUCCUUAAAGACGCUCCGCCAAGUUGCGACCUGUCAGUUCAUGAUUGCAAUAGCAGUGUUUGACAUUUUAACUAUUUUGAAUGGAUUUUUAUACUGGAUUGAAUACGAGCUCCUCGUACCAGUGGUGACUGCACAUGUCGUUCUGUGUAAAAUAUCCGUAUUUACAAUAUACUGUGGGCCAGAAAUCAGCGCGAUCACGUUGACUCUAAUGAGCGCCGAGAGACUUAUGAGAAAACUGAACACCGCAGCUCACGAGAGAUGGUUCUCCAUUAAAAGAACCCGCAUGUACAUUGUGGUUAUUGUUUUGACUAUGGUGCUUCUGAACACAUACACCUUUGCUUCUGACAUAUUCUUUGAAGAAUGUUGUAAACAUGUUUGUUGGAAUAUAUAUCAUGAUGGCACUGAUGUGUUAGAACUUCAUGAGAAAAACUGCAGAGAAAACAUGGGGAACAACUGCGGUGAUAUGGGUGCACUUGCCUUCUACAGUGUCUACAAAUGGGUGGCUUUUUCAAUUUACUGGAUCUUGCCAUUUGUCGGGCUGCCUGUCAUCAACGGAUGGUUACUGUACGACAUUUGGAAGGAGCGACGACGACGUAACAAUCAAGAAUGCAGGUCGAUCAUUCCCAUUCCAGACCUACCUGUUGAUGGCUCGGAAUACGACGUAGACAGAGAUAAAGAAAUUACGAAAAUGUCAGAUCUGCAUCAGUGCUAA